GUCGUCCUAGUACGGAUGGGUUCGUGGCCGGGAGGAAACGGUCGCCUCUGGUUGCUAUGUCUCUCUGCACAGCUGAGCUCCAAAGAUGGUGCCAAAGACCUUGGGGAGCCGCCAGCUACUCUGCCUACGGUUGGCACAAACCUUACUGACCUUCAAAUAGGAAAGAAAAUCACAAUUCGUGAACUGGGAGGAUGCAUGGGCCCCAUCUGGUCUAGUUAUUACAGUGACUGUUGCUGCGUCCUGUACAUGAUUGAUGCUGCUAAGCCUACGCAAAUCUCCUCAUCCUGCAUCCAGCUUCUGUCACUUCUUUCUGCUGAGCAGCUAUCAUCAGUCCCUGUACUCAUCAUUUUCAACAAGAUUGACCUACCCUGCUAUAUGUCCCUUGUGGAGAUGAAGUCAUUGUUCCGACUCCAGGAUAUCAUUGCCUGUGCCAAGCAGCCCAUCACUGUUGUAGAGACCAGUGCGCGUGAUGGCAAUGGCUUAUCCAACGUGAUGCAGUGGUUUCAUUCUACGACCCGAUGUGAUUGAAGCUGGAGAUUGCUCUCACCUCAGCUCAAGGAAACAUUUCCAUUUGCCUUUCCAUGGAAGCUGGGAUUGCUUGCAAUUGGUAAGAAUGGACGUUCUGGGAUUGAAGGUGGAUGAGAUUAGUGUGAAAUUUCCUGAACAGGAAGAAGCUUGAAGGGGAGGCAACAGGAGACUGACAUUUUCAGCAGCAUAGGCCUGUUUGCCAUUCCUGGAGGGCUUAAAAUCUAUUCUGCCAUCUCCCAAGAAGCAUUUCAGGCAGAUAAUAAAAGUUUGUAAUGCCCA